GCAAGCAUGGCUUCGCUGGGAAGACGGUUAUGUUGUCACGUAAUACGAAGAGCCAUGAAUUUAACACGAGUGUCUGAUUCAGCAGUUUUGGCUUGUGUCCAGCGACGUGAUUUUAAGAAAUGGGAAAGGCCUUACCGUAGUCAGAUGUACAAGCGUCGACUUGAGGUUGGUCCAGAACCCGAGAGACCAAGAUCUGCGUGGAUCAACUGGAAUUACGAUGCAGAAAUAUUUGCCUUUGGAAAGCGGCUUGGUGAAGACUUUGAUGAGGAUAUUCUAAGACAAGCUUUUACUCACAGGUCCUACAUAGACAAAGAGGGCAGGAAGAGAGCAGAGCUAGGGUUUGGAGCAGACUUAGCCUCACUGGAACUGCAGGACAAUGAGGAGCUCACAAGUAGAGGAGAAGAGGUAGCCCAUCGGUACAUUCAAGCAUUUCUACGCACCUCUUACCCGUAUCUGCCAGAGGAAGGAAUACGCGGUAUCUGUGAGUUUUUGAUGACAGAGGAAAUGUUAGCUUUUAUUGGUAGUAACCUGGGUUUGAAGGACCUCAUACUCUCUGAGGAUUUCCCUCCCCUUGAAUCUACGAUCAGUAAAACAUUCUUUGCCGUCAUUGGAGCACUGUGCGAGAGUCAGAGCGAGGAGCGAGCUCACACCUUUGUCCGUGACUUCAUUCUACCACAGCUUAUUGGUAAGGAUGUGAAUGAGAUGUGGGAGAUCACCAACCCCAUGGGACUGCUGACUGACAUUCUCACUGCCCAGGGACAUCCUGCCCCCGAGGCCAGACUUCUCCGAGAAAGUGCCUCCACCACAGUUAUGUCCCUUUAUUGGGUGGGAAUAUACUGUAACAAGGAGUUAAUUGGCGAAUCUCCAGGAGAGACUGUGAGUAUAGCUGAGGAAAUGGCCGCCCGUGAGAGCCUCAAGAAUAUUUUCAGGACAGCAGAUUACAGAGAGCCGCUGAAGUUUGGUCGGCGUGGGGAAAACUUUGAAGUUGACUUUGACAAAGUGAACCUGUCACUAGAAGAGUAUGUGAAGCCUCAGCAGUCCGUGAGGGAUAGCUAGCUGUUUCAAUUUCCUACAGAAAGAUGGCAAGGAGACUACUUCAUUUUGUCAAAUGUGUCUCAUGAUUUGCGUGCUUGUAUCAUUUUUACUGGAACUUUGUUAUGCCAUAAAAGAACAACAUAUUAUGAGUGUUAGUCAUAUAGGGGGCCUCCAUGGCCGAAGUGGUUAGCAUGCCAGCACGGUGCAAUGACCGAGGAGCCUCUCAGGAAUGGGAUUGCUGUGAGACUGAGUUCAUGUCCAGCUCAUGCUGGCUUCCUCUCCAGCCGCACGUUGGAAAGUCUGCAAGCAACAUGCAGAUGGUUGUGAAUCGUUCCCGGGUUCUGCACAGUUUCCUCCCACCAUAAUGCUGGCCGCCAUCGUCAAUACAGGUAUUCUUGUGUAGAGCGUGAAACACCAAUCAAAUGAAUAAAUUAGUCAUGUAGGAAGAUAGGUGGACAAAGACAUAAAUGGCUACAGACAUUGUCAUUGGAUGUGAAUGGUAACUAUAAAAAUCAACUUUCGCCUAAAAUUCUUACUAGGCCAUGUUUGAGAAAAUAUGAUGUCACAGUAGUCAAACUCCAUGUUUAUAUGGCUGAAAGGCAAAACUGUCUACAUGACAUAAAACAGGUGCAUUUGUGAGAUAUAGAACCAGCUUGUGACCGUCACAAGUGUUCUAGUGGUGAACUGCUAUCACACUACAAAUGCUCCAGUGGUGAACUAGUAGCCCGCUACAAGUGUUCUAGUGGUGAACUGCUAUCAUACUACAAAUGCUCCAGUGGUGAACUGCUAUCAUACUACAAAUGCUC